AUGGCGCAGUUCCUGGUGGAGCAGAUCCGGUACCUGCACGAGGAAAUCGAGAUGAUGGAGAAGGCGAUCGCGGACCUGAUCGAGGAGAAGGUGAGGAAGAAGAGGAAGCGGGGCAUCCGUUACGACUACUCCAUCAGCUACCUCGUGGAGAAGAUCCAGAGCAAGUCGAGGCUGCUCCUGCAGUACUACGGGGACGAGGACGGCUUGAAGAGGGAGGAGAUGCAGUUCAUUUCGGGGAAGGCGGGAGGAGCGGCAGGAGCGGCGGGAGCGGUAGGCCAGGGGGAAGGCGAAGGGGGGGAGGAACACGAAGAGGACGGCGAUGGCGAUGGCGAGGGAGAGGGCGACUGCAACGACCUGUGGAAGAACUACUACGAACGGGUGAAGUACAUCCGGGACUACCACAAAAAAACGAACAUAAAAAAAAUUGAAAUCAGGAACUACAAGGCCUACAAGUACGAAGCGCUGAAGAACAACCGCCUGAAGGAGAGCUUCUCCCCGGUGGAGAGAAAAGGCAAGUACGUCGACAUGCAGAAGUUUUACGACGAUUUUGUGAAUAUGAAGAAGGUGAAGCAGUUCAGAGUGAAUAUAUUUCGGAAGAAGGAGUUGGCUAGCCAGAAGAAGAGAAACAGUGCCGAAAAGGAAAAGGGAAAGAGUUCCUCCAAGGGCGGUAGACCCAAUGAAGGCGAAUUUAAAGAAAUGGACUUAGUAACCUAUCUUCACAAUUUCACCCGCUUCUACUACAUCCCAAGGUAUUGCAAGUAUCGAAAUGAAGAGUACAAAAGGUAUGUGCAGAGUGUGCUGGCCUAUUUGGUAAAUUUUUUUUCAAAAAUUAAUGUCUUGGUGGACUGCCAGAAAAUGUACGCGCAGUAUGAGCAAACCUUUGAACAGAAAUUUAAGGAGAAGGGGAUUGAGCAAUGGGAGAAACACACAUACGAUUUGGACCUUUACUGUAAUGUGAAUGAUAAGCUGUACGCCUCGGAGGGGACCUUUAACUCUUAUAAGAAUAGCAAACACUACGAUGAGGAUUUGAAGAAGUACAUGCAGAAGGCCCUCACCGUGGAGCAGCUUCAAAAUGUGAAGAGGCAAAUCGAAGAGGAGGAUAAAGAACUAGCCAAAUGUGAGUACCUCAUCGAGAUGUAUAAAAAUGUGUUAAGUAAAAUAUUUCAGAAAACCAUUCAAAGGAUACAGAGGAAGCAGGCCUUCAGUGUAGACGAGUUGCAGAAGAGAAAAAAAGCGGAGAAAAAAAAUGAUCAUUUUUUAAGUUUACGCGAUCGUGGGGGGAUGUACGGUGCUGAGGAGUUUGAUGAGCGAGGCGACUUUCCCCAUCUGUACAAUUCGCACACGUUUGGCCCCUCCUCGGGGGAUGAUGACUCCUCCACGGAUGAGUCCGACGGGGGGAGCGUAAGCGGCGAGGGGGAUGGCAAAGGGAAGAAAAAGGGAAAAGGGGUAAGCGGAGCGGGUGGAGCAGACGGAGCAGACGGAGCGGACGGAACAGACGAAGAUGAGGAGGAGAAGCCCAUUUAUAACCCCCUGAAUCUGCCCCUGGGACACGAUAAUAAACCCAUCCCCUAUUGGCUUUACAAGCUACAUGGCCUCUCAAAGGAAUACACAUGCGAGAUAUGCGGGAACUACUCCUACUUUGGCAGAGCCCAUUUCGAGAAACACUUUUACGAGUGGAGGCACUCCUUCGGCAUGAAGUGCCUGAACAUCCCCAACACGCUGCACUUUAAGGAGAUUACCAAAAUUGACGACGCGCUGAACCUGUACGAGCGCCUGAAGAAGCAGACGCAGAUGCACGUCUUCAAGCCCGACCAGGAGGUCGAGUGCGAGGACUCCAAGGGCAACGUCAUGAACAUGAAGGCCUACGACGAUUUGAAGCGCCAGGGGCUGCUCUAG